AUGACGCAUCAGGCCACCAGGCAGGCCUGGGGGGUGGUGGUAUGGGAUCUGACCUACCUGUGCCUGAUAAUCGCCCUCCUGAGACAACUGAUCCCGCUCCUCCUGCUCCUGAAGCUGAUCCCGCUCCUCCCGCUCCUGAGGAGGACCUCAUUCUUGGAGAUCUGCCUCCAACUCCUGACUCGAGCCAUGCGGCUCACCUCCUUCUGGCUCACCAUCGAGCCUACCCCUACCUCAUUCACCUCCUCCUGGUUCUUCUUCCCCCGGGUCCGGGACCGGGGGAAGAAGAAGCUCAUUCCCUAG